CGCGCGGCCUCUGAGCGUGGGAACCUUUUCAUCGAGCUUUGUUUCCGUACGGACGGGCUUCACCGCUCGGACACGGUGGUGCAAGGAGGAAUUAGGGUCGGGGGGGAAACAAUGGAGUGUGAUUUUUGCUUUGAGGAUUCUGUGUUUUCGGAAACCCGAGAGCGAACAAGUCAGAGAGGGCUGUCCUAUAGGGCCAAGCAGUGCGAGCCUCAGUGGUUUAAUGAAGAUGUGACCAAUGAACACUUGGUAGAGGUGCACAACAUCCUGAAAUUCAGAGCGGAUUUAUUAUACAGACAGAAGGACUUUGAGAAAGCAUUUAUUGAGUACAGCGACUGCUAUGCGCUUAUACCACCGGCAAACAAUGUGAUGAGAAGAGAUGUCCAGGAAAGCCAGGCACGCUGUUUAAUACGACUGGGGAGGCAUAAAGAAGCUUUGGAGAUAGCUGAAGCUCUGACAAAUGGAGUCAGUAACACUGAUCAUCUGACUGGCGCCUUCCAGCUUCAAGCAACUAGUCACAACCAUUUGGGAAAUCACCAAGCAGAAGUGUCUUGUCUGCAGCAGCUGAUUUCUCUGCAUCCAUUCAAUCCACAUUUUUGGAUACGCCUGGCUGAAUCUUACAUGAGUCUCUUCCUCACUGUCGCAAAAUGCAAGGAUCCAUCACAGAGAUCCAGCAGAUUCAGCUUAUGCUCUCCGAGAUCACUCGGAACACAACAGUGUAUAAGUGACAUUGCUAGAGCCAUAGACUCUACUGCAUCCGGAGAUGAUAGCUUAGUACUUGGAUACUGUAAUGAAGGCGACUCUUCAUCACUGACAGUCUACACAAACGGGGUGCAGCUGUGGAUGUGGUCUUGUGCCUCUUACAUUAGAGCAAGGCUUCUCUUACAGUUCAUACAGCCCCAGCACGCAUCAUUUGUGUUGGAAAAUAAUUUGAAGACACAGGAGCAAAUAGAAAAGCAAUUGGAGAAGGCUGGAUUAUUAGAAGAACAAAAAAUCUUCCUGAUGGAGACCAUGGGUGAGGAUCUUUUAGCAGAAAGAACGAAGGAAGAGGGACAGACAGACCCCAAAACUACCCAACCAUUGACCUCUUAUGUAAUGCCUUCUGAUGCAGAGUUCAGAGUCAGGUGGUUUCAUAAAAUUAACCCUCUGUAGCGGCCAAGGAGUGAAGACGGUCGGCCGUCAAACAGCAUCACUUACUAUCUGACAGCAGGAACAUAUCUUACGUGUCUGCUGUUGAAUGUGGACCGCCAUAUGUCCAUUUCAUAGGCUGGAGUAUAAGGAUGGAGGAUGGUUGCAGAACUUACCUUCUCAGAUAGCUCUAAAUUGGGGAAGAUGGAUUGAUAUGGCUGAUUGCCAUAAUUCUGAAGCCACUGUAUCCGGCACGUUGCGGUGUUCCUGGAAAGGUUGUGUGAUCGCAGCAACUCUAUUUAUCUGCGUUUUUCACCUUCCUCAUCAGCGGCGUGGACAAUAAUAUCUUCCCUGAUGUAUAUUUUGAACAUCCUUGUCCAUGUAGAGAGGAGAUCCUGUGCAAACCGUGAAAAGAGAGGGUCCUGCUAAAAGAGGGGAGCCGUCCUGGUUUCUAGAUCUGUUAGAAUGUAGGCUGAUGUUUUAAAUGACUUCUGUCCCACAU